UUUCUGUAAGAAUGAUUAGGCGCCCACGGGCCACUGCGGCCGAUGAUAAGUCCUCAGACCUUGCUCGCAUCCUGCAACCCCUCACCGUUGUUUCUUGGGGACCUGCUGCAAUACACCAUCUUGGUGUCCCUAUUGUGGUCGCAACAGUCAUGAUUUCAGUUCGCGAUGAGGAUUAUCAAACUGCCAUACAGAAAUUGAAAGAUGCAGGAUUUAUUCCCUGUGUUCCAACUCGCAAACCUGCCCCAGAAAUUCUAGCAAGCUUCGAGGAUCCUAGCCGUGUGAUUGAAGAAAUGAAUGCAGGCUUUAAACGCGUGGAUUGCUCUAGUACAACAUUUGAAUACCCAGAACACCAUCCGAGAGCCGGCUUGUGGAUCUGCUUGUUCCCAAACUCCUUCACACACCUUCUUUCUUGUGGUACAACCCUCACAAAGAAGUAUGAUAUUUAUGACAAUUUAUUCUAUCCACUGGAGGAACUGCUAGUUGAAAGUUUUGUCAAGGCAGCAAUUGAUGAAGAGAAUGAGUUCAAAUGGUCUGAUUGGAGUGAAUCAUUAAGAGCAUGGUUAUCCAUGAUGACUGGCUAUCUUGAAGUUAAUAAUGACGUUCUCGAUAAUUGCACGGAUAACCGGGCUGUGGAAUGGUAUAGCACGAAUUUUGGCCGUAUACGGGAAGCAAAAUUCGGGCCCUGGGACCGGCGAGUCUCAAAACGCCUUGGUUCUGGAAAAGAGAUGUCUGUUGAUAUGAGAGGGCAUCCUGUCUCGUGAUUACAUGUACAUCGAGUUCUCCUUACAUUGAACCAAACCCAAAAUCCUCGACCACGAAAACCAAUUGCCACCUGAGUCUUAGCAUUUAAAGUACGAAAACUCAACGUGGAUUCGAUGGUAAAAUUUACAUACAAUAUAUAUGCAUGUUUCACCAAACUAAGA